GUGUUUUGGCCCGCGGGCGGAGCCGUAGCCAUAGUCUCCUCGGGCGUCCGCAGCGGGGAAACCGGGUGUACAGAAUCCUGGGCGGAGGUCCAGGAUGUCGGAGAAGGAAGGUAGGCAGAGCGGAAGCUCCCCACAGGCCAGUGCGGUGACUGUCACUGACAUCCAGGAGCUGAUACGGCGCAAGGAGGAGAUCGAGGCUCAGAUCAAGGCCAAUUAUGACGUGCUGGAGAGUCAAAAAGGUGUUGGAAUGAACGAGCCAUUGGUGGACUGUGAGGGCUACCCCCGGUCUGACGUGGACCUGUACCAAGUCCGGACCGCCAGGCACAACAUCGUCUGCUUGCAGAAUGACCACAAGGCGGUGAUGAAGCAGGUGGAGGAGGCCCUGCACCAGCUGCACGCCCGGGACAAGGAGAAGCAGGCCCGGGACACGGCCGAGGCCCGCGAAGAGGCCAUGAGCCGCGACCGGGGCCGGAGCGAGGGCCUCAGCCCCCCGCAGGCCUUCGCCAGAGUGAACAGCAUCAGCCCCGGCUCCCCCGCCAGCAUCGCGGGUCUGCAAGUGGAUGACGAGAUUGUGGAGUUCGGCUCCGUAAACACCCACAAUUUCCAGUCUCUGCAAAACAUUGGCAGUGUGGUGCAGCACAGUGAGGGGGUGAGUUGGGGGUUACGUGACAUCUGGUCAGCGACCCUAGAAUUGCCAGGGCCAAGAAACGUUGACAGGGGCCUUUGACUGCUGCCUUCAAAGUGCUGUUACUCAGGCACAGUGCCCACUGGGCCUUUGCGCUUGCCGUUCCCUCUGCCGAGAAUGCUUUUCCUCGCUCAUGUCCCUCGUCCCCCUUACCUCCCUCAUCUUGUGCAAGUGACACCUCAGUGAGGCCUUUCCAGCCACCUUAUCUAGACUACCCCUCCCCUACUUCCUGUCCCCGUUUCAUUAAACAGCGUUUCUCACUGUG